GAAUAAUAAGACUUACUAUAAACCUUGGUCUUGGAGAAGAGAAGCCUGACCCGGAGAAACUUGACCCAGAAAAACUUGACCCAAGAAACCUAACUCUAGCAAUAAUGAAAGGCCCCGGAGAAACUUGGCCAACUAGCAACACCUGA